GGCGCACGCGCACUGCCGCCCAGCCGCCUAGUCAAGCUCGGCCCGGCUCCCGCCCAGGCGGCGGCGACGCGACGCCCGGAGCGCUCACCUCGGUCCCCCUACCGCCCCCGGCAGGUUCCCUGUCUCCUGAGGGAGACACUGCUUCCGAGGUUGGCGAGGCUCCAUAGGAGGCAGAGAGGCUUGGAUCGGCAGACACCCUCCCGCGGUGCGUCCUCCACUCGGGGCUGUGACCUCUCCGCCUGGGGCGCUGCAGAGCCAUGGCGACCGAGGAGAAGAAGCCGGAGACGGAGGCCGCCCGAGCACCGCCCACCCCGUCGUCCUCUGCCACACAGAGCAAGCCCACACCAGUGAAACCAAACUACGCUCUUAAAUUCACCCUGGCCGGUCACACGAAAGCUGUGUCCUCCGUGAAGUUCAGCCCGAACGGGGAGUGGCUGGCGAGUUCGUCUGCAGACAAACUCAUUAAGAUUUGGGGAGCAUAUGAUGGGAAAUUUGAGAAAACCAUCUCCGGUCACAAGCUGGGCAUAUCCGACGUGGCCUGGUCGUCAGAUUCUAACCUCCUUGUUUCCGCCUCAGAUGACAAAACCCUGAAGAUCUGGGAUGUGAGCUCGGGAAAGUGUCUGAAAACCCUGAAGGGACACAGCAACUACGUCUUUUGCUGUAACUUCAACCCCCAGUCCAACCUCAUCGUCUCCGGCUCUUUUGACGAGAGUGUGCGGAUAUGGGACGUGAAGACAGGGAAGUGCCUCAAGACCUUGCCGGCCCACUCGGACCCCGUCUCAGCCGUUCACUUUAAUCGGGACGGAUCCUUGAUAGUUUCCAGUAGCUACGAUGGUCUCUGUCGGAUCUGGGACACCGCCUCGGGCCAGUGCCUGAAGACGCUCAUCGAUGACGACAACCCUCCCGUGUCCUUCGUGAAGUUCUCUCCAAACGGCAAAUACAUCCUGGCCGCCACCUUGGACAACACGCUGAAGCUCUGGGACUACAGCAAAGGCAAGUGCCUGAAGACGUACACGGGCCACAAGAACGAGAAGUACUGCAUAUUCGCCAACUUCUCCGUCACCGGUGGGAAGUGGAUCGUGUCGGGCUCGGAGGACAACCUGGUCUACAUUUGGAACCUGCAGACCAAGGAGAUUGUGCAGAAGCUUCAGGGCCACACAGACGUUGUCAUCUCGACGGCAUGCCACCCGACGGAGAACAUCAUCGCCUCGGCCGCCCUGGAGAAUGACAAGACCAUCAAGCUCUGGAAGAGCGACUGCUAGGCCCGAGGGGCUGGGCCCUGCCGGAAGUCCACCCGGACUGGCAGCGCGGCUCUUGGAGGGGCUCCCGGUCCAGGCCUGGGGACCGGUGGGGCUUGGCCUGAGCUGCCUCUGAAGACACUUGGCUGGGGCGUGUCUCCCACUUGGGGGUCUGGAAGUUGCUGGUGACGUUUUUGCCAAUUCCUUUCUCACCGUCCGGGAAAGAGUUCCUAGUCUGUAUUGUGUUCAGAGUCCACAGAAAUAUUGUGUUCAAAGAGUCCACAGAAAUUUUUAAUUUUUUAUUACAAAAAGGUGAAGUUCAACUUA